AUCGCUAAGAAAUUGUAAAUAUUGUGCAAAAGGAUUAGAACAUUUGUUUUACCAAACAUGUGAACCCCGGAGAAUUUUGUGCACUGACAUUUGGCCGCGAGAUAAUGUGAAUUAAUAUCAAUAUUUCCGGAUUUAUGUGCUAAUUCGUCUCUAAAAUGGCUCUAAUGCAGGAAAAUGAGUUUCUAUCACUUGAUGUGGAGGAGCAGGAAGCUGAAAACCAACCUAAAAGACUGAAGACCAGAGAGAAGCGUACCAAACUCAGCCAGCGCGAUAUUUUCAUUAGUUUUGUGGAGCAAAAUCCGGAAGUACUAGACAAUAAUGAUGCAGCAUAUGCAAAAAAAUGGAAAAUUCUGGCAAGUAAACUUAAUACGAUUGAGCCGAAGAAGAGUACCAGUGCGUGGAUAAAGAACCUCAAAGAAUGGGAGUACUCCCUCAAAUCCAAAUACAAUAAAGCGAAAAAAAACUCCCGGGUGGCAACAGAAAUGUCCAAUUUUGAGAUGAGGGCUCUAGCAGCCUUUGGAAUCAUACGUUUGAAAGGAAAUUCAGAACUUUCAAACCUAUUUUUUCCUGAAACAAUUUCCACAUCGACACCUACCACAAGGAUUUUGAGCACACAGUCAGGUGCAAAUUCUUCACUAGCCUCUCCAGAUGAAUCCUUUUUAGGUGAAGUUGGUUGUUGCACGUCUCUAGAAAUGGAGGAUUUUGUUAAUCAACAUGACAAAGAAUCACUCCCACAGAAGACAAAAUCAUUUGAUAUUCCUGUGGAAUCCUUGGAGCAGGUAAUUCCACCGAAAAAGAAGUCUCGAUCUUUGCUACGUGAUCCUGAUAUGGCAGAGAUUCUGAAUGUUCUUUCUGACCAAAAUAAAGUCAACCAGAAAAAUGCUCAAAUUGCUGAGAAGAACGCUGAGAGCUUUGCUACCAUCGCUAAUUCUCUUAAGGAUAUGGUGGGUUUCUUUAUCGCUGGAAAUCGCCAAACACAAAAUAAAGAAUAAUAUUUUUGUAUUACUUUCUGAUAUCAAAAAAUACAGUACAAAUGAAUUCAUGUGAUUACAAGUUAUUGA